AUGUUGCGACCUAACAGUGUCCAGUCCUUUCGCGAAAGAUUGGCCCACUUCAUCCUGAAAGCGAACUUGUAUGGAUCCUGGGUCCUCGGAAUAUUUCCCUUCACUUUCGACUCCAGGAGGAGGCGACUGCAUAUUUCCAAGUGGAUUCUAGCAUACGGCGUGAUUCUGCACCUGAGUCUGGUAAUAUCAGUCUAUCUGCCAGUCACAGAUAAUCUUAAGCCCAUCAAUAAGGAAUUGUUUGACCGUAAUCCACUGAUGAGGCAGCUUGAUUCCAUCUUGAGCAGUAUGAAUGACAUUGGGGUACCUGUGACCCUUCUACGAACAUUCUGGAAAAGUAAGGAGUUGGUUGAGGCUUUAAACGAACUCCUGAUGCUGGAGCACCAUCACUUCAGUAAGCUCAUCCUCAGGGAUUGCCCUCAAUUCGAUUGGUACGUGAUCUUCAAGGGAGUAACGCCUCUCUUGGUGACGAUUUCUUACGUUCUGAUCUACUUUGGAAUACCGGAUUAUAAUCCAACGAUUCAAGAGGCCUUUUGCAUACACGUUGCAUUGUUGGCAGUUCUGAUGGUCGUGAUGCACUUUCAUCUGGCAGUGAUCUAUAUUUAUCGACUGUUGUGGAUAGUCAAUGGUCAGCUCUUGGAUAUGACCACAAGACUAAGGAGAGGCGAACGUGUGGCUCCCGAGCAGGUUAAACGACUUCUUUUUCUAUACAGUCGCGUUUCGGAUAUUAAUACUCGUCUCGCCAAGGUUUACGACAUCCAAAAUACAUUUAGUUUGCUCGUUCUGAUGUUAGCAAACAUUUUUAUGAGUUACUUACUGGUCAUCUUUUGGUGCAACAUGAAUAAUUUCAUUAUGCUGGUUCUGAUUUCGCUCAUACCCCAAGCACUGGUCAUAAACCUCUGUGAUCUUUGUCUGAACAUAGCCUCUUGUGACUUGCCCGAAAGAACGUGCGAAAAAACCUCACGGAUCCUGAAGUUGUUUAACGAUAUUGAAGGCAUGGACAAGGAACUGGAACGGAGGAUAUCUGAGUUCUCCUUUUUCUGCAGCCAUCGCCGACUCAAAAUUUGCCAACUCGAAAUGUUCAACAUAAACUUCGAGAUGGGCUUUCUUAUAAUUAUCACCAACAUUUUAUACGUGCUUUUCCUGGUGCAAUUUGAUUAUAUGAAUCUACAAUUAAAAUAA